AUGCAUCCCGGGGUCCCGCUCCUUCGGGGUGACCCCCUGCAUGGAGGCCGAGAUCUCUGCGCCUUCGUCGAUGGAGAGGCCGCCCGGGUCCUGAAAACCCUGCAGGGGCCCCGAAAGAUGCAGCCCCCGAAGAGGAGACCCAACCACAGACGCUUCCUCUACAACCAGAUCUGCAGGCGGUUUGCAGAUAUCGAGGCAGCCACGCGCCGCCUGGCCUUGGCCAUUCUGUCGCAGGAGCCCCCUCAGCGCCAGUCCCUUCCCCGGCCCGUCACCCCCUCCCCACCGCUCCUCUUCCCGGCCCACCCCGGCCCCUUCCUUGCGGGCUCCUUCGUGGGGGUGGCUGAGGCUUCUGAUGCCCCCGAUGGGCCUGACCUGAGCCCAGCCGCCUUACCUCAUGACCACGAUGACCUCUUUGGUGACAUCAUGCUGACCCCCGACGUACCUGAGCCCCUCCCUCCGGCCCUGGGACCCCUGGAAGGCCUGCUGCCAACCCACAGUGCUCUGGGAUCCCCAUUCUUGACUUCUGCUCUCUCAGAGACCGCUCCUCUAAUCCCUAAUAGUCCGGGGCAAAUCUGUCGCGGCCUAUCCCAGUGUACCCACUAUUUCCCACCCCUGGAACCUCUCCCCUUUGCCCAUCGUGCCUUGGAGGGCGGGCCCACCAAGUGGCAUCUUUCUCCUAAGUGGGGGUUUGUGGAGCAGGCGGGCCUGCGAACCCCCCACCCCGACCCCAGCAGGAUCGACAACACCACUCCUGGCUGUUGA